UUUCAUUGACGUUACAAGCCUCCUGUGUUUCAUUCACCGCCGCAUUUUGUUCUUGUUGUUGCUCUUUCAACAGGAAACUCCUCCUUCAACAGAUUAUGAGUGCGGUUCAUUACUCUUGAAGCAAGGUUUGGUGGGGGGGAAUAAGAUCAUGCCUGGCAUUCUCUCAAGGCUGAAUGCAACCAUUUACUGUCGCAUUCGGGAAGCAAUAACAAGGCAACAAGGAGUGCCGACAUCCUUGUACAGAAGUUCAGCUUUGCCUCUUUGUUCGCUCACUUCAAGUCACACACUUCACACAAAAUCAAUGAUUACUGCCUCACAUUCCAAUGCUAUGCUGGGAGAUGUUUAUGCUUAUGGCUUAAUCUCAGGUCGUGGUAGUGUGCGAGACUUCACAAAGCCUGCUGUAGGUUGCUUGAGGGGUAGUGUGAAUCUAAGGAGACUACAACCAUUGUAUGGUCCUUUGAGUUUUGGGUGUUCUACUUUUGAUGCUAAUAGGAGGAUCCGGGAUUCGAGUUUGCUGCAUGGAUCAUGGCUCAAGAAUUUCUCAGCCUCUUCUUCUGCUUGCUACUCAGUCGGGGCUGCACAUGCUGUCUCAUUUGAUGGAAGCCCUCCUGAUGAACAGCUUGCAAAUUCCUCUUUUUCGCCUGACCCGUAUGUAAUUGUUGUUCUUAAUAUUUUGAAUUCUAUUUCUCCAUGAAUUGCUUCAAAUAAUAUAUUUUGGAUGCCGAUUUUGAUGCCAUGAAGGAAGCUUACCCUAUUUAUACCGUGUUUGAAAGAGU